GGAUGGCGUGGGAUUGAUAGUUUGGGAGGACUCUUGGUUCUGUGUGUGUUUACAGUUAGACGUAGUCACGAGGGUACGGGAGGGCGGCCCGGUCCUAGUGCCCUCAGGUGUUCGGGGGUCCGGGCUGUGGGGAGGGCGAGAGCUGAGUCCCGAUAGAGAGCGACUGGGAUCCACGAAGCCGCCUGCGGGGCGCUGAUGGCCGGACGCUUCCUGGGAAAGGCUCUAGCCACGGUGUCUCUCUCUGUGGCCUUGGCCUCUGUGGUUGUCAGGUCCGCGGGCUGCCGCCGCAUCCCAGCGUACAGAAGCUCAUUUUCAUCCUGUUGGAUUCAUCUUGAUUGCAACAUCAUGUCUGGUUCUAAUGGUAUCAAAGGAAAUUCCCAUAACAAGGCCCGAACAUCUCCUUACCCAGGUUCAAAAGUUGAACGAAGCCAGGUUCCCAAUGAGAAAGUGGGCUGGCUAGUUGAGUGGCAGGACUAUAACCCUGUAGAGUACACUGCACUCUCUGUCCUGGCUGGACCCCGGUGGGCAGAUCCUCAGAUCAGUGAAACUAACUUUUCUCCCAAGUUUAAUGAAAAGGAUGGGCAUGUUGAGAGAAAGAGCCAGAAUGGCCUGUAUGAGAUUCAGAAUGGAAGACCUAGAAAUCCUGCAGGACGGACAGGAUUGGUUGGCCGGGGGCUUUUGGGGCGAUGGGGCCCAAAUCAUGCUGCAGAUCCCAUCAUAACCAGGUGGAAAAAGGAUAGCAGUGGAAAUAAAAUCACCCAUCCUGUUUCUGGGAAACCCAUCUUACAGUUUGUUGCAAUAAAAAGGAAAGACUGUGGAGAAUGGGCAAUCCCAGGGGGCAUGGUGGACCCAGGAGAGAAGAUUAGUGCCGCACUGAAAAGAGAAUUUGGUGAGGAAGCUCUCAACUCCUUACAGAAAUCCAGUGCUGAAAAGAGAGAAAUAGAGAAACAGUUGCACAGACUCUUCAGCCAGGAUCAUCUGGUGAUAUAUAAGGGAUAUGUAGAUGAUCCUCGAAACACUGAUAACGCAUGGAUGGAGACAGAAGCUGUGAACUACCAUGAUGAAACAGGUGAGAUAAUGGACAAUAUUACCCUAGAAGCUGGAGAUGAUGCUGGAAAAGUGAAAUGGGUGGACAUCAGCGAUAAACUGGAGCUUUAUGCCAGUCACUCUCAAUUCAUCAAACUUGUGGCAGAGAAACGAGAUGCACACUGGAGUGAGGAGUCUGAAGCUGGCUGUCAUGGGUCAUAGCUGGUGGCCUGUUUGUGUGCCAGAGGCCAACCACGGAGCACACACUAAGACGGAGGCACUGGCACAGAACUCAGACCAGGGAACUGCACAAGGUAGCCUGCUUGGCCUAUGCACUUUCACAACUUUAUUCUGAAUCCUAAUCAGAAUAAAUUCCAUUUCAGCCAUA